CGCAAACUGGAUGUCCGAAGAGACAUGCGUGCAAGUGCAAGAAGCGCAUCUUAAUCUUUCUUUCUCAAUGAGAGGCUGUCGUCCACCGUUACUUUAAUAUUCCUCCGCCUCAGCAGAUUCCCCUCUUACCCCCACCCUUUCUCUCUAAAAUCACUUUUCUUCUUCAUUGCUUUCCAAGCCAAGAAUCUCUCUCUAAAAUCACUUCCUUUCUCUCUCAGAGAUUCUCUUCCUUUUUUUCUCUCUUAACUUCUUUCCUGUCUUUUUCUUUUCUUUUUUUAAAUUUUCUACAAAAGAAAAAGAAAAUUUUAACGAUGCCUGAUGCAUUGUUCUUCUUCUUCUCCUCCUCCUCCUUUAUUUUCAAGACGUCACUUAAUUCCUCUCUCUCUCUCUCUCUCUCUCUCUCUCUCUCCUCGCUCUCUCCCUCUCUCUCGCUCUGUCCCUCUCUGUGCCGUCCUUUUCAAAUUUUGCUGUUCCUUUUGCGGGUUUGUACGAAUUCCGGCGAAGAAGCCUCUAUAAUAAGUGGUUUCCAUCGCCAUGGCUCCUUCAGGUGUCAACCAUCUCUCUCAGCCAUGCAUUUACGACCCUGUUUCAACAUGUUCCAAGUUAUGUUUUUCUUUAGUUGUUGAUUGAGCUCCACAUCAAAUCGAUUUUCUCUUCUUCUUUUUUUUUAUUUUUUUCUUUUUGGGAACUUUGUUUCUUCAUACACAGAGAGGAAAUCACGCUUUAUGAAAUGGCUGAGUAAGCUUUUCAAGGGUGGGUCUAGUAGAGGAGGAGAAGGAGGAAGUGGUGGCGGUGGCAGCCGUAAUCCGCAGUUCAUUGGUGACGAAAACAUGGUUUGGCGCGCACCUAUUAGAUCAGUGGAUGAUCGUUCUAGAACUGAGAAGGAGAGAAAUGAAUUAGACCGUGCAAUUGCGCUGUCUCUGGCUGAAGAUUUCAAGAGACCAAGUGGACAUAGAUGGCAGAGAGAAAAGGAUAAAGAUUUUGCUGGGUCACUUCAUGAUAACCUGCAUCCACCCUUGUAUCCUCCACAUGUGCCUCCACAAUCUCACCCAUGGGGAUACAAAAUUUGUGGUGGCUGUAAGCAUGAAAUAAUAUAUGGUAAUUAUCUAGGAUGCAUGGGUUCUUAUUUUCAUCCACAGUGCUUCUGCUGUAGUUUAUGUCGUCAGCCAAUUACUGAGAGUGAGUUUUCUUUGUCAGGAAGGGACCCGUAUCAUAAGACUUGUUUCAAGGAACUAGCUCAUCCUAAAUGUGAAGUUUGCCUCCGAUUUAUUCCAACAAAUAAAGAUGGUUUGAUUGAGUAUAGGUGCCAUCCAUUUUGGUCUCAAAAAUACUGUCCUUCACAUGAACAGGACAAGACAGCUCGUUGCUGUAGUUGCGAGCGCUUGGAGUCUUGGGAUGCAAGAUACAUUUCCCUAGGAGAUGGACGAAGUUUGUGCUUGGAGUGCAUGGAAUCUGCUAUUAUGGAUACCGGUGAUUGUCAACCUCUUUACCAUGCCAUCAGAGAUUUUUUUGAAGGGAUGAACAUGAAACUGGAUCAGCAAAUUCCAAUGCUCCUGGUUGAAAGACAAGCCCUUAAUGAAGCUAUUGUUGGAGAGAAGAAUGGCCUCCAUCACAUGCCUGAGACAAGGGGUUUAUGCCUUUCUGAGGAGCAGACUGUCACCAGUAUUCUCAGAAGACCAAGAAUUGGGGGCCACCAACUUAUAGGAAUGAGAACCCAUCCUCAAAAGCUGACUCGAAGAUGUGAAGUUACAGCCAUUCUUGUUCUCUAUGGUCUUCCAAGAUUGCUAACAGGUGCUAUUCUUGCCCAUGAGUUGAUGCAUGCUUGGCUACGCCUUAAAGGCUACCGUAAUCUGAAUCCCGAGGUAGAAGAAGGUAUCUGUCAGGUUCUUUCAUACAUGUGGCUUGAAUCAGAAGUAAUGCCAGGAUUUAGAAACAUGCCAUCGACAUCAGCAGCUUCCUCAUCAUCAUCAUCAUCUUCAAAGAAAGGUGCAAAAUCUAAUGUGGAAAAUAAACUUGGUGAGUUUUUCUUGCACCAAAUUGCCAAUGAUGGUUCUCCAGCAUACGGGGGAGGAUUCAGAGCAGCUAAUACUGCUGUCAAUAAAUAUGGCUUACGUCGUACCCUGGACCACAUUCAUUUUACUGGAAAUUUCCCCUUGUAAUGAGAAUAAAUGUUUCUAGUAGUCUAUAUCCCUUCACUUCUUCUUCUUCCCUUUUAUGUGCCCGUUAGUUUUAUUAUCUUGCUUAGAAGAGUUUAGCUCAUUCAGAGAAAGCUUUGGCAGCUACCCCUCUAAUUUUCAUGGGGGUCCAUUGAGGAAACGAGUUCAGAACUGUCUUCAAAUUUAAUAAUACGCAUAUUUUUAUGUCCAUUUUC